AUGGCACUCGACAAGAAGCUCCUUCACCUUCAUCUCGGGGAUGGCGAACAGCGACCCUACAAGCUCUCCACGGUCGCUACUCCUCCUGAUGAAGAGCAGCUCAAUCUCCAGCGCACUGAUAAGGAUGCAGCUAAACCGCCGCAAUCUCCACAGUGUGACACUCCGCGUGACGCCCACGGAGAGGUCGCACAGGACGACACUUCCUCGCUGAGUCGAAUUUUCCGCUACACUCCUGUACCGACCAUCGUCCUCGACUCGUCCUUGCGCGUGGUGGAAGUGUCGGAGAGCCACCUUGCUUUCUGCAGGAAGUCUCGAGACUUCAUCCUAGGAGCCUCCGUCUACGAUCUUCCACUCGCCACGAUACCUGCGCCAGACAUUCCGACUUUGAACGGUGCUUUGCACGUGGCGAUUACGACCCGGGCUGUCCAGGUUAUCGAAACUAUCCACCUUCCCAGAAUCAGCUCUUAUUUUUCACUGAAAAUCGCUCCCAUCUUCCAGGGAGAUACCCUGCUGAACCUGGUCUUGGAAGCACACAACGUCACGAGGACGCAUAACGAGUCGCUACAUAAUGCCUACAUCAAUGAGACUUACAAGAUCCUGGUUGACACGGUCCGAGAUUAUGCUAUCUUCAUGCUGGACUCGCGGGGCAACAUUGCCACAUGGAAUUCGGGCGCCGCGAUUAUCAAGGGAUAUAAGGCGAAUGAGAUCAUCGGUCGGCAUUUCUCGAUCUUCUACGGACCCGAGGAUCGACUGGCGGACAAGCCUGGCAAGGAGCUCGAAUUGUGCCUACGGGAGGGAAGAGUCGAGGAUGAAGGCUGGCGGUAUCGUCAGGAUGGUUCACGGUUUUGGGCCAACGUAAUGAUUACACCCAUCUUCUCAUUCGGUCGGCACGUUGGUUUCGUCAAAGUCACGCGCGACUUGACCGAGCGCAAAGCGGCUGAAGCCCGGAUGGUCGCAGCCUUUGAGGAAUCAUCCAAGAUGAAGAGCGACUUCCUGGCCAAUAUGAGUCAUGAGAUUCGGACUCCCAUGAAUGGAAUGCACCUGGCGUUGACCAUGUUGGGGAGCACGGAGCUCGACGCUCAGCAACGUGAAUACACUUCCAUUAUCGAGGAUUCCAUGUCGAUUUUGCUUCAAGUAAUCAACGACGUCCUUGAUUAUUCCAAAUUAUCCUCCGGCACCUUCUCUCUGAACACGGAUAUCCUGAGCGUCGAGAAUAUCGUGGGAGCAGUGGUACGGAAUUGCAAGGCCUUGAACCCUGCUGUGGAGAUCACCUGCGUCAUGCCCCCGGGCUUCCCAAAACUGCUCCGGGGCGAUCCGCUUCGGUAUCGGCAAGUGAUUCAGAACCUCGUGGGAAAUGCGAUGAAGUUUACCGAGAAAGGACAAGUCAAGGUCACCCAUAGCUUCGCAGUAGACGAGCACGAUUCCAAUGUCUACAUAAUCACUACAGAAGUCACUGAUACUGGGAUCGGAGUGCCCGAAGAUGCCAUAAACACCCUUUUUACCCCGUUUACGCGGUUUGCGGAUUCGGCCACCAAGCGCUAUCAGGGUACCGGACUUGGCUUGUCCAUCUGCAAGAGCUUGGCAGAGCUGAUGGAUGGCAGUGUUGGUUAUAAACCCAACCCAGAAGGAACGGGUAGCUGCUUUUUUUUGACCGCUCGCAUGUCGGGUGUCGACGUUCCAGCGCAUAAUAAGGACGCCGCCCCUGCUACCGCCGAAAAUACAUACGAACCCAUAGACGAGGUCAGGCGGAUUGCUCCCCACAUGCACAUAUUGCUGGUGGAAGAUAAUAUGGUGAACCAGAUCGUCAUGCUGAAGCUCCUCAAAAGCCUCGGUUUCGAACGUGUUGACACGGCCUGGGACGGCGCGGACGCAGUCCGACAGGUGAAGCAAACACCUCUCUCCUACAAUGCAAUUCUCAUGGACAUCAACAUGCCGGUUAUGAAUGGACUCGAGGCAACGACCAAGAUUCGUGAAGUGAACAGCGAGGUGCCGAUCAUAGCACUCACCGGGAAUGCGCUCAAGGGAGACGCGGAGACGUACCUUGCCAGGGGCAUGAACGAUUACGUCGCCAAACCGGUUCAUCGCAAGCGGCUUGUGCAGUUGUUGUGGAAGUGGCUCGGUUCGUGA